UCAGUGCGCGAUGAGGAGCCAACUGAAACGGAAAUAAAUCUGCAGUAAUUCGCUGGCGAAAGCGUGGCAAUUGAAAACUCAAACAAAAACAACACCAGAAACAGAAACUUGGGGAAAACACGGCGGAAAAGAGAGAAGGAUAUGCAGACAGCCGAGCGAGUGCAGUCGUGUGAAAAUUGUUGUAUCGAAAGUGCAUAAAAUGUGGCCCACAAACAAUUAGCGAAAUAAGCAGAGCACGGAGAGCAAAACAAAAGGCGGACUAACUAGAAAGCAAACAGGAUGUCAAGGACUUGAGGCAGUGGGGGGAGUGGGGAUCCAGGGGCUGGGAUAGUGCGACCAACUUAAGGAUUUAAGGCGCAUCAGGACUCGCAAGUGUUUGCCAAGAUGCGUACCUACUACACGGCGAAGGAUAUGCGAAAAUACGGCGAUUUAAGCUAUGAAAGCAAAUACCUGCUGGAUCCUAAGUUUAUGACCAAGAGGGACCUGCAGCAAUACUAUCGCUACUACAACAUGAACAAGAGCCGCGGACAAUUCAAAAAGGUAGUGAUUGUGAUCUUCUGCCUCUGCAUAUUUUCCUACCUGUGCGUGGACUACAAUCUCAGGACAAAGUUGCUCCGCUUCCGGGAUGGCUUUGAUUUCAUGGCCCGAAUCGAGGACCAUUACGGCGGGAACGUGACCACGGCCUAUUUCGUGGACACGGCAGGAUGCCGGAUGCCGCACUUUGAGGUCACCGAUGACACAAUUGCCCAGUUUAUGUUCAAGCCACGUUCGUAUAGUUGCAAUAGAGCCUUGAUUCGGACCAGUGACACGGCUCCCGGCGAACUCCACCUCAAUUUGGAUGCCAGCGAGCUCUUAACCUACUACAACAUCAGUGACCUGUCCACCGUUCAUUGCAAUUUCACGGAGGUAAAGCGGAAGACCGACUCCAGUAAUACCUACACUCCGGGUGGAAAUUUCAAGCUGGAAAAAGUGAUGCAACUGCCUCUCAGUUCGGAGUUCAUUUGCAUGUGGUGCUACGACUCCUCGGACAAACUUUUCUACAAAGACUGUCACUUUUUUGCUGUGGAAAAACCGCGGGUUAGACCGCCCUUGAAAGCCGGUUCGGAUAGAGUCAGUUUUAAUAAGAGCAAGGAGGAGCAGGAACGCCUUUCUGUGAUGAUUUUGGGCAUGGACAGCCUAUCGCAUCUGAAUUUCCUGCGUCAAAUGCGCCGCACAGCGAACUAUAUUAGGAAACAUUUGUCCCACGUGGAACUAUGGGGUUAUAAUAAGGUUGGGGACAACACCUUCCCUAAUAUAGUUCCUUUGCUAAGUGGCUUGGAUGACCAGGAACUCAAUCUUGCCUGCACGCCAAAGACAAUGAGAUCGUAUGACAGAUGUUCUUUCAUUUGGAAACGCUAUCAGCAACUUGGAUAUCGCUCCAUUUUCGCUGAGGAUGUGGCACUGCUCUCUGCUUUCAAUUACAAUCAAAAUGGGUUUAAGAAGCAGCCAACAGAUUACUAUUUGCGACCCAUGAUCAUGGAGAUGGAGAAGUCCUUGGCCUUUAAAAAGGAUCUAAAUAUGCAUUUGUGCAUGGGAAGCCGAAGGACUGCGGACGUGCUUUUAGAAUACCUGGGGAAACUUGUUCCCAAAAUGAGCAGGGAUCUGUUCUUCUCCUUUUUCUGGACGGUGGCCCUCACCCAUGAUUAUUUUAAUUUUCCCUCCUUAUUGGAUCAAGCCAUGUUAACACAAUUAACGCAGUUGCAAGAUUCCGGUGUGCUCAAUCGAACGGUGGUGAUGCUGUUAUCAGAUCACGGUUUACGAUGGGGUUCCUUUCGAAGGACCUACCAAGGAAUGAUGGAGGAGCGACAGCCUUUGAUGAUGGUGUUGUACCCACCGUGGAUGAACGAACGCUAUCCCGAAGCCAUUGCCAACCUGAGGUUGAAUGCCCGUCGAUUAACCACCCCCUUUGAUGUUCAUGCAACGAUGAUACAGCUGUUAAAUCUACGAAACUUGGAGGCAGAUCAGUUGCUGCGGAGAUCAAUAGAGCUUGAGGAACCGGACAGCACGUUGCCCAGGGGCAUCAGUUUAUUUCUGCCCAUUCCGGCGGCGAGGACCUGCGAGCAGGCGGGGAUUGCAGCGCACUGGUGCACGUGCCAUCAGCGCCAGGAGCUGCAGACCAACGAUCCUCGAGUGCAACGGGCGGCGAGGUAUCUGGUCCGCCUGAUCAACAGUCGACUGAAGGACAGCUCGCAGUGCAGGACCCUCUACCUGAACUCCAUAUUGCAAGCACUGAUUGCCGCUCCACACUCGAAGAUCGUGAAGAACAUUUCCACGGACUACGCGGUGGACAUCACACUCCGGCUGCAAACGAAACCCGGACUGGGUGUCUUUGAGUCCACGGUGCGAAUGACGGGCUACACGACCGUACUUACGGGCACAAUUAGCCGGUUAAAUCUGUAUGGAAGCCAGAGCUACUGCCUCAAUGAUCCGGCCCUCAAGAUGUUCUGCUAUUGCCACAGAUAAAGCGGAUAGGAUUCUUUCCGGAGAUGGGGUAUUCUGACGUCAAAGACUUGAAACCCAUUAACGUAGCCUUAGCCCAAAAAAAAACUAGUUUAUUUCUAUGAAAUAGCCGAAUGUUUGUAUAAAUAUUAAUGCAGUUUUAGCUUUUGCCGUAAGGGGUUCCCAGUCUUAUGCACCUAUAUAGUCACGGUAGAGUAGCUGAAUUUGUUUAUCUCCCAUUAAAUUAGAGGACAAUAAACUGAAAAAAAAUAACAAAACUAAUAAUCGUAAUAUCCGUGAAAAUACUUUGUGUGUGUAAAAUAAAUGAUAAACUAUUACUGAUAGCGAGGGAGUUAGCGAACUUAUAAAUAAAUACUUGUAUGCGA